AUGGCACGCGUGAUCCUGGGAAUCGCUGCUCUCCUCUGCGCCGUUUGGGGCCACCACCCUGCAGCAGCAGUAUGGUCCGAGUGGAAACCUGCGGGUAACGACCACUACCACGACCACGACCAUGGCCACCUGACGUGUGAAGCCGAAGUCCAGGCUCUGAAGGCGCAAGUGGCCACUCUUCAGUACCAGCUAAGCCAGCUGAGUCACGGGGGCCACGGGGGCAUACCCGGGCCCGCACCGUAUCCAGGUGGGAGUUGUUCCUGGAGAAUGGUCUUCAAGAUCGUUGCGGGGGCGCCAGGGAGCAGCUACGGCAUCUGGAAAUCCCGAGGUGGUCACGGUGACCAGGUACACCCGAGCCUGACCGGACACAGCCACUACCGCAGCCCGGACCUCGAUCGGUGGUCGUCACUCCACGUCACCAAGGUAAAGGUGACUCUGGUGGUGCAGCACCAGCAUACCCGUGACAUUAUCUUUAACGCCCACGGCUGUGACAUGGACAACUGGUUCACCAAGGACCGCCUCCUCUCCUCGCCUUGGACCGACCUCAAGACCGCACCCACCAACUUCUUCUCCAUUCGGGGUGACAAUCAAUAUAACAGGCGUUUCUUCAUCCACCGUAGCUACGGAGGCUGUGCGAAUGACCGGGGAUGGCUGAUCGUCCUUGAUCCUGGAGCUGAGUGUCCUUGGGAGAAAAGGGUGAAGAGCAGGGGAAACAACCAAAUCCUGUUCUCCAGGAAGGCCGACAGCGUUCAGUACGAGCGAGACUGGGGAAAUGUUGGGCAGGCGGACGCCCUGGCGAUCUACAUCCAGUCCUGUUCAGGCUAUUGAAAGCCUCGUACGCAAAGUGAACAACAUGCAUAAGGUGGGUUCACACGUGCGUAUGUGUUCAAGACCGUAUGAGAUCCGUAUGGAGUUCUCGGCCUCUACUUGGCUCCACAGGUGACAGUAAAAACUGUAGAAAUGGCACAAAUAAAGAUGCUUAACAUGCCAAAGGACUUAGCUGGCCGGGAAGUAUGGUUUGCGACCCAGCUAACGCGUCCCGGUCAGCUAACGCGUCGGGCUUCUUACCUGUCUAUAUGUGUUCUAUUAUUUUUCCAGCAACCUGUGGAGCCUGGUAGAGGCUAAGACUUCCAUGCGGACCUCAAACGGACUUCAAUAUAUACAUAUACGCACGUGUGAACCCACCUAGGGCUGUAAUAGUGCUUAACUGUGGACUCCAAGCGCUUUAAAAAAGCUGACAUUGAAAAAAAAAAUUUCUGAAAGAAAAGUCUUCGGAUAUAUCUUCUUCCUGUGUUUUGGUUAAAACAAAGAACAGUGGUAACGUUACAACCCUUAUAGGGUUGCUCAACUUUGGGGAUUUUUUUCGAUGAUUAAUUUUUUUUCUUUCAGUGUCUUUAUUUGUUGGACGUUAGAAAUGGGGAUACGUAGUGAAUGACUAAAUAGCAUAUAAGCUGCUACAGUUGGCCAUUGCGAUAUUUACUCUAUUAUUAUACUAGACCUGGAACUUAGUAAAUAGAACAAUAGAACCGAUCAACGGAGCAUACUUGUGUGCCACAUGCACGUCAAAGACAACAAUAUUAGCAUUUGCUACUAUGAAAGAUCAUCUGCGAUGCAAGAAUACUAAUUUGAAGAUCUCUGCAAUAAGGGUGCAAGUUGUUUAGGGCUGCGAUAAAAAGGAUACUGCUAUCAAGCAGUUUGCAGUUUAUAAAGGGGUGUUUUAUCACAUAAUGCAUACUCACUAACUCACCCAGUUCCACAGCGAGUAGCAGUAGGAGAAGUCUGUCCACAAAGGGUCUCCACCAAUGGCAGUCAUCAGCCGAUCUGGUACACUACAUAUCCUCACCUCACCUCACCUCACCUCACCUAUACCUUGACCUCUGUAUGGGUCGUUGGGGCACCAUGACUCCAUCCACUAUUCUUCUCCACCUGUCUCCGUCCCCUGCCGCUCUUAUGGCUUCUGCUAAACUCAACCCGGUCCUUUCUUUUAUGUUGUCUUCCCAUCGUUUCUUCUGUCUUCUUCUCUUCCGGCUUUCUGGGACUGCCCCUUGUAUGGUUUUUGCUAGCCCAGACGUCCUUGCAGCAUGAUCAUUAAUAAAUGCUUAUAUAGUACAUAUACUAUAUACUCGUAAUAAGUAUGCAACUCCACCUGUAUGGGGAAUUAAACCCAACUGACAUUGCUCCCACUUUGUAGCAGUUCCUCUAAAUGUCAAUCAUCAUCAUUAUUGGUCCUUCCUAUUACGAAGUGAAGCUAGCAAAGUUUAUUCUCUAGAAUUGCUUGUCAAUCGUUGCUGAGAGAACUUCAUGUCCUUCUAAAUUAGCAUGACAUGAACUUCUAAUGUCAAUAAUGGCAAAGAAAAUUAGAGUCUUGCUCCAUAAAUUGAAUGUAACUGUAGUAUCUCCUUGACAAAGUAAUGCAUGUGUCCAGUGCUGAAGUAGCUUGAAAAUCUUAGAGGGGUCAACGCUUAUAAGGGAAAUAAAAUGCAGUUGUACCUGUUUUGUACUGAUCAUAACGAAAAACAAGAUUUCGAUCCUCUGACAAUACCUUUAAGCUGGAUAUUUCAACACUCAAUGACAGGAGUCGGAGUUAUAAUCAUGAUGAUGAUUGCUGACAAGCAACUUUUGAAGCAAGUUCAAUGCGACAUCUGAUACGAUCUUGCCUCCACUGUGUUUAAUCUGCCCUUGACGUUGUAUCAA